UCCGGAUGUAAUUGGAUGAGAAACCGCUGGACGCAUCAGCGGCAACAGGAGCGGCGCGCGUCCUGCCGCAGUGCCCAGCAGGAGGGGAGGUAGAGGGGGAGGUGUCGGUGUGUUCGGGUGCUGCUGCUGCUGCUGCAGGAAUAAAUAAACAACUAAAUAAAUAAAAUAAAAUGAAAUAAAAACCAGUGAGAGGCGUGGGAGAGAGAGGGAGGGAGGGGGAGCUCGUUUGUUUGUUGUAGCUCUACCUGUCGCUGCCCGGUAGGCGGUGCGGGGCGGUGUUAACGGAGGCGUGUGUUUGGUCGGGGACGGGGGCGGGGCCGGGCUCGGACAUGAGUAAAUGACGUCAGCCCGCAGGUCGCCCGAGCAGAGAAACAAACAUGGCGACAGAAUGGAGCGGGCAGCAGGGUUAUAUUCUCACCGUCAUCAUCUGCCUGUGGAGCGGCAGCGCAGGACGCGCGGAGGCGGCGGCGGAGGCGGCAGCAGCGGCGGCGGCGGAGAGGGGGUCCGGCGGCAGGGGCAGCGGCGGGAGUCAGGUGCUCGGCAUGCGGCUGGAGAGGAGCGACAAGCCGACCAGCACCAAUGACGACGGUGUCAUCCAGGUGACUGAGGAGAGCUCCGUGCUGCUCCGGUUUUACGGGGUGCAGCUCCACUCGGGCGCCUGGACGCUGGUCCGCUUCACGGAGCUCACCGGCGGCGGAUUGGAGGAGGAGGAGGCGGAGGAGGAGGCGGCGGCGUCCAGGGGCGGCAGCGGCAUGAUGGACGCACAGGACAGGACUUGUGCAGAUUUCACGAAGGACAUCAGCGUCGGGACCUUCAUGAACGUGAGCGGCAGCGGCGCGUCGGGGCUGCUCCGCGUCAGCGUUAAGCCGCUGCGCAAGAGCGAACCGCAGAAAGAGUACGCGCUGUGCACGCCGAGCGCGGACGGGAGCAGGUGGGUGCUGCUGGGGGACACCGACGGCCGGCUGCUGGUGGUGGAGGAGAAGAAGUCGCUGCUGCCCCUGUGGCUGCAGGUGAUCCUCAUCCUCUGCCUCCUGGUCCUGUCCGGGAUGUUCAGCGGGCUCAACCUGGGGCUGAUGGCGCUGGACCCCAUGGAGCUGCGCAUCGUCCAGAGCUGCGGCACAGACAAGGAGAAGAAAUACGCGCGGAAGAUCGAGCCCAUCCGCAGCAAAGGGAACUACCUGCUGUGCUCGCUGCUGCUGGGGAACGUCCUGGUCAACACCACCCUCACCAUCCUCCUGGACGACCUGAUCGGCUCGGGCCUGGGCGCCGUGGUGGCCUCCACCGUGGGCAUCGUCAUCUUCGGGGAGAUCGUGCCCCAGGCGCUGUGCUCCCGCCACGGGCUGGCCGUGGGGGCCAACACCAUCACGGUGACCAAGUUCUUCAUGCUCCUCACCUUCCCGCUGUCCUUCCCCGUCUCCAAGCUGCUGGACGUCCUGCUGGGCCAGGAGAUCGGCACCGUGUACAACCGGGAGAAGCUGGUGGAGAUGCUGAAGGUGACGGAGCCCUACAACGACCUGGUCAAGGAGGAGCUCAACAUGAUCCAGGGCGCGUUGGAGCUGCGCACCAAGACCGUGGAGGACGUGAUGACGCCGCUGGGCAACUGCUUCAUGAUCCAGGCGGACGCCGUGCUGGACUUCAACACCAUGUCGGAGAUCAUGGAGAGCGGCUACACCCGGAUCCCGGUCUACGACGACGAGCGCUCCAACAUCGUGGACAUCCUGUACGUGAAGGACCUGGCCUUCGUGGACCCGGACGACUGCACCACCCUGAAGACCAUCACCAAGUUCUACAACCACCCGGUCCACUUCGUCUUCCACGACACCAAGCUGGACGCCAUGCUGGAGGAGUUCAAGAAAGGUAAAUCCCACCUGGCCAUCGUCCAGAAAGUCAACAACGAGGGGGAGGGGGAUCCUUUCUACGAGGUGCUGGGCCUGGUCACCCUGGAGGACGUCAUCGAGGAGAUCAUCAAGUCGGAGAUCCUGGACGAGUCCGACCUCUACACUGACAACAGGAACCGUAAGAAGGUCGACCCCAACAAGAACAAGCGAGACUUCUCCGCCUUCAAGCACGACGCCGACAGUAAAGUGAAGAUCUCUCCUCAGCUCAUGCUGGCGGCUCAUCGUUUCCUGGCCACAGAGGUCAGUUUGUUCAGCCCCUUCCAGAUCACGGAGAAAGUUCUGCUGAGGAUCCUCAGACACCCGGACGUCAUCCACGAACUCAAGUUCAACGACAACGACAAGCGGUCGCCGCUGCACUUCCUGUACCAGAGAGGAAAACCCGUCGACUACUUUGUUCUGGUUCUGCAGGGUCGUGUGGAGGUUGAAGCUGGAAACGAGAACAUGAAGUUUGAGACGGGUCCGUUCUCCUACUACGGGGUCAUGGCUCUGAGCGCUCCGUCCCUGGCUGUCACCCCUCCUCUCUCACCCUCAGUGGCGUCCCCCCCUCCACGACGCCUCUCUCUUAAGAGGUUUUCUCUGUUCUCUCGUUUCCCAGAGUUUCGCUCUCCGUCCCACGGGGGGAACCUGAACCGCUCGGCGUCCCUGAGCUGCACUGAGCGCGCUCCAGAGAUCAGCUCCGUGGGCGGAAGCAACAGCCAGAUCCCCGGGACGCCCUUCCAGUACGUCCCGGACUUCUGCGUCCGAGCCCUCACCGACCUGCAGUUCGUCAAGAUCACUCGUGCUCAGUACCAGAACGGUCUCCUGGCGUCCAGGCUGGACAGCUCGCCUCAGUCCCCCGACGGCAGCCACACUCGCCUGGACACGUCCAUGACGCUGCCCCCUGUGACGCCGCCGGGAAGCCGCGCCCCCCUCCCGCUGGCCACGCCCCCUGCAAAGCGCCAGCCGUCCAACGCUCAGCCGACGCCGCCGCCGAGCGGACGCCCGCAACCCGCCUCGUCCUCCAGCCGCAGGCCGAGCCAGUCUCUGCCCCAGGCCACGCCCCUCCUCAGCAACCACGCCCCUCCCGCCUCCGGGGGCACGGCGGCGCCGGCUGCCCUGAACCCUCGCCCGCAUCUGUCCUCCAAAUCCCAGCAGUCCCUGUCCUCCGUCGGCCUGGAGACCGGUCCGGGAGAAACCACCACGCUGCUCAGCGAGCAGCAGAACUGCGUCGGAUCCCGUCGGCCCAGCUACCACCAGCCUCACCCCCACCCUCACGUCCACACCAUCAGCCACGCACACACCGAGAGCACCAUCUAGGGAAAAACACGGCGCUACUUCCUGUUCCUGUUUGUUGAACUGUUCUGUCCGAGGAUCAGCACAUCUCAGAGACCAGCAGAGAUCCUCCUGUAUCCUAUUCCUGCAUGUUCCCCUCCUCACACCAACAAAAAACCUGAGAACAGAGAGGAAGCAGGAACGUGAGUGAGUACGGUGGAAAAAAAAACGACCGGGCCGAGUGUCUCUAAAGGGUUAGUUCACCUAAAUUAUCUUACAGGUAGUUCAGUACAGAUUUAAUUCAACAGCAGUGAAAUAAUCUCCUGGGUUUGUGAAAAGUUUAUUAAUGUUGACUCCCACUAUUUAGUCAAAACUGUCCAUAACCUCUGGUCCCCUACAUUAGUGUUGGUUUUAAAUUAUAUCCACUCAGCCUCAUCAUUUAGAAUAAUUUCCUUAUUAACUCCCUGUUUUACACUCUCAUGCUGCCAUUGACAUCCAUUGAUUUUAAGUAUCUCACACUGUCACAAAACAAACAUGGGACUAAAGUGAAUUCAGAGAACUAAAAACUGAAAUUAAACCUUCACUCGUCUGAUUUCUAAAAGUAAUUUUCCAUGUUUUGAGUGACACAAACAAAUUUCCGUUGACAGACAAAAGUGAACUUCAUUUAAGUCACAAAUCAGCUUUUAGUUGUUGUUGUUUUUUCCAAGUGCAUCUUGGAUCUUGCAUCUUUUCCAUUUUCUUAAAUUAGAAAAUCAAUUUGUACUUUCACAGACAAACAUGAGCUCAGUUUGAAUCAUAGUUCAUCUUUUAGUUUUCUCUUUUACACUGUUCAGUGUCACAUUAAAUGUGUAGAUUCAGACAAAAGAGAGUUCGAAGGACAGUUCAGCUUUAAGUUUCUUAUAUUUCAAGUGCAAUUUUCUUUGCUUCGAGCAUCACAAACACGUUUCCAUUUACCUCCAUUUUAUUUUGAACCCGUUUUACGUCAAAUCCUCUGCACAUGAAACAAUCUUUAGGUUUUUGUUAAUUUACGUGGACGGACCCUUUAAGUCAUCUCUGGUGAGACAAUCAAAAACAGUGUCUGUGCUACACGGUUUCCUCAUUGAGUUUUAUUUAAUUUACCUCUGAAUUUUAUUUUAUUUUGGUUUCACCAAAGAUUGAGACUUCCAGAAGUUACUAAGUGGACGUGGAAGGUUCUUUGUGCAGAUUUAGAUUGUUCUGUUUGUGUAGAUGAGCUGUUUGACUUCUUUGACUUUAUGAAACUUUUUUUUUUUUUUUUAAUUAGCCGUGACGGAUGUGAAUGGAUUUAUCUGUGUCAAUUCAAGUACCAGCAAAACGACCAGAUUCACUGUACUGAACGGCUUCUGCAGUUAAACUACCACACGGCUGCAUGUUUUAACCCAUUUAUAUCAAAACACCUAAAAUCACCGCUGACUUUUUGACAAACAUUCUGGGUUUUUUGUUUGCCCACGUUAAAGAAUAAAACUCAGUCCUAAAUUAACAAUGAAGUUUAUUUAAUUUAAACUUAAUUGUUAGAAAAUAACUGGAAGAAAUGUAGUGAAAAAACACGCUCAGUGUAAAUAUAUCAAAUAUUCUUUAGUUUUUAAAUGACAAAUUAGCAAUUUACAUUGUUUUAAAUGUAUUACAAACAUUUCUGAGAGUUUGCUAAUUAUCUUUGUUUCUAACAGAAAAGUGUGGAAACCGAAACCUUUGUGAUAAUCGGAGAAACUAAUCUAUAAAUCUGGGAAAAUCCAGCGGUUAUGGCGAUUAUACGUAGGUUUGAAUAAAGGGGCUAAAAGAUGCGAACAUGCUGAUAUGGUCCUUAAAUGUAACAUCGCUUAGGAUGUGAAGGCCGAGCACCUGAAGGCAACGUGUUUUAAGUUAUUUAAUUUCCAAGAAUGAUGUUAGAAAUAUUUAUUUUGAGGAACAUUUUAUAUGUGUUUGACAUUCGACUUGUUGUUUUUCUAUUUUAGACUUUAUUUAUUUAUUUCCUUCUUGCUUUGGUUUCUUGAAAACGUCGUAGCAGAAGUUAAAGGACGAGCUGCACUGACGCUGUCUUCCUCCAAAAAUCCCUCACUGUGAAUUUAACUGCAGCUCCUUCUCAAAGCUUCAGCGGAGCAGAGAAAACUGGAUCUCAGCUCGUUGCAACACAAACUCCUGGUUAUAAAUUACACUGGCCUUUUCUUUUUUAUUUAUUUCCAUUGAGUUAGUGGAGGUUUAGUUUGACGCUGUUUAAUAUUCAACCACUUGAACCAGAUAACCCAGAGCUUCUAGUAGCAUGUCUGUUCACAGCACAGUUUGUUGGAUUUUAAUUAAAAUAGGCGCUAAUUUAUUAUUUAUUUAUGGGACUGGUUGUUAAAAAUCCAAAUGAGCUGAAUCAGAAAGUGUUGGGCUGGUUACGUUUUACGUUGAUCCAUCGUCCUCCAUAGAUAUUUUUCAGUAUUUUACUACGAUGUGGAGAAAAACUCACACGGACAAAUCACGGGAACAUGUCAACAACAAGCACCAGGUAGCAGACGAAGCUAACUAUUAACGUUAAAACAGCUGUUGAUUAUUUUUCCAUUCGUCUUCGUUGCUAAAACACUUCUUCAUAGUUCUAGUUUUGAAAUGUUACAUUCAUUUUUACAUUUGAGGCUUUGCUAAUCGUUAGCAUACUACAAGUAUAUUUAAGCAAAUACGACUAUUCCUAACCUGGUUUGUUCAGACGAGACGUUACAAAAAGCUAGAAACUAGCCUCCGCUUACUUCAGAUCAAAUAUUUUCUGGAUAAAUCAAUCAAAAGGCGAUAAUAUUUUUGUGUGCGAUGCAGGUGAAGAUGAAAAAAAACUGUAUCAGUUUACAUUUUUAACAUUGCAUGGAUGUUACCGUAUUGGCCAGUAGGGGGAGUCACCCGUCAGUCGUAAUGGCAAAGCACUCUUUCUGCAACCAGCCCCCACUUUUUGGUUGUGCUAAGCUAAAAAAUAGGCUAACUUUAAUAACUGAUGAGGAGGCAGCUGCAAAGAUUAGAAACAGGCAAAAAACAAGCAACAAUUAACAAGCUAGGCUAACCUUUAACGUUACGUUGACGAAAUGUAAUAUUUUUGUUGUUGUUGUUUGUUGUUUUUUACUUGGCCUUCAUUGACGCCGGUAUCUCAUCAAAAUCAGAUGUUUUCUCCAUAAAUCCAUUGAGAGGCGUUAAUAUUUUUCUUAUAAAAACUGUAUCAGUUUACAUCAUUAGCAUCGCGUGGAUGUUAGCAUUUUGUCUGACAGGGGGAGCCACCUGUCAGUCGUAAUCUGCAACCCGCCCCCACUUUUUGUUUGUGCUAAGCUAACAGUUAGCCCAGGUUGAAGCAUUGAUAUCUGAUUGCACAAUGACAUGUCGGGAUUUAAUGAACAAACACGUUGAACACAUGAACCCUUCUUCUAAAACCUCCCUCUACAUUCCAGACCAGGGAUUCAUUCAUAUACUUGACAUAAUGUAACGUAAAUUUUAAACAUGUGUAAAUGAAACUUUAAUGUUUUUGGAAAGCAUGUAGAGGACGUUGAAGAGAUUCACACAAAGAAAGAGAAAGUGUAGCGGCUCAGCGGCGGUCUGAGCGCGAUGCUAACGCUGCUACCAUGUGACCGACCUAUUAUUUGUUUCCUGUGUAUAAAACGAUUUAACUGACUGUAUAGAUGAAGUAUUUUAUUGACGAUACAGUGAGAUAUAUUUAUUUGAAAAGAUACUGCUGUAUAAGCUAGCACUGAUUUAAAAGAAACAUUUCCAAGCUAUGUAGCUUAAAUCUGAGAAGGUGAAUUUUCCAAAGCAUUUGUCUCAACUGGGCAAAUCGGGCACCAGGUCUCAUUCGGGACAGACCUGUUAGAGUUUAUUUUUUAAUGUGAAGGUUUUCUCUUGAAGGGACAAAAUCUGGUUUAAAGACCUUCACGUAGGAGUGUAGCGGUAAUGCGCUAAUGGUACCAAAUCUCUGGAGACAUUGGUUGAAAUAAUUUAUUUAAAGUCUAGAGUAGUUAUAAUUACGUGUCUUUCAAAAUGGUGGUUGAAUGGCCACUAAGACAAAAUUACAGCAAGGAUGAAAGUAAAAGUUAACAUGGAAAUACCCAAAACUGCAGUUCCACUAACGGCCACUAGAUGCUGGCUCCAAAAGCAAAUCAUACCCCAUAAACCUCCACGUUAAAAUGUCCAAAUAGACAUUUUUAGAGUCUGUCGAGCUGAUUUCUCAAUUCAUGAAAACUACAAAUGGAGAAUCGUGUUUAAACGUAUGCAUAAUUAAGGGCAUAAUUACAGUUUGAGUAAGAAUUGGAUGUCCUUACAGGUUGCUAGCUAUACUCCGCCUCUUUGACUAGUUUUGAAUUAGCUGGGAGUCUGGUGAAGAUAGAGAUCCCCAGAGUAUGGAGAGUUUUUUUCUCCUUGCAAUACCAUGAUUGACCACUAGGCCAAACAUUUAGGCUUUUUGGUAUUUCCAUGUUAGCUUGUUUGAGCAGACAUGUCUGAGCAGACAAUUAAUACGAAUUACGUAGCUUGAAAUGCUAACCCAAAAUGUCUUCCAUGGAAGUGCAGAAAUAUCUGAUGUCAUCUUUUAAUAACAGGAAAUGAACAGCGUACGCCGUUACACUCCUGCAGUUAUUAUUUCAGUUUCGCUAACGGGACGCCCGCUAGCUCAUAUUUGCCCCGGGGGGCCACCUAGAGGUAGAUGGGCACAGAUCAGAUUCAGUGGGAUGGUUCAGACUUGAAGCUGAAAUCCUGCUCAUUUAAUGUAAAUAUACACCCACCGGCCACUUCAUUAGGGACACUAGUGAAAACGAAUGCAACAGUUUAGCUUAGCUUAUGCAGGAUUCACUAUUGUACCUAAUGUUUGGGCCAGUGAGUGUAUAGUCAUCAUAGCCUUACCCUCGACUUUAAGAGACUCUAGGCCUGUACGCUGGCUCAUACGUCUCAUGUAGCAUUUGGUUUUCGUGGCUCCUGUGAAGCCACUGGUUGGCUGACGGUUCGGAAAUGUGAAAAUUGUUAAAGUUGUAUUUAUUGUAUUUAUUUAUGUUUCUUUAAAAACGGGCUUCCAGCUGUGAGACGCAGCUUUGAUUGGGUUUCUUCGCCCAUAAAACACUGUGUUCAGUUCCCUGACUGCUGUUUGCGUUCUACUACUGUAAAUAUUGUAACAUGAGAGACGUGUUGGGAAAGUAUUUAUAAAGAGAGAUGUUUUGUUUCCAUUGUUAUUUUAGGGAAGGCAUUACAUAGCAAUAAACUUUGCACAAAGUUGACCUCAAGUAAUAUUUUACUCGUUCUCUCUUCUGUAGCUUUUAUUUACUUUUGUCUUAAGACAUGACAACCAAAGCUUUUGUUGUUUUCUCUGCCAAAAUCUCCCGUUUCCUUUUCCUGGUUUGUUUUCUCACUCUGCCCUCGUCUCCACUCCUGCUGCGUGGAAGUAUUGAAAUUCCUUUGGCUUCUUUUAAAUCAUGGAACUAGAGCAGGGCUGCCGGGUUUAUCAGCAACUCCUGGGGUGUUGUUUUUAGCCCUGCAGCGGUGUGAUGAUUAGACCUGUACGAGGGUUAAAUAUUUUCAGGAGUGACAUUUCCACACUGUAUCAUUCACUGGUUGGAGGUUUAGUGGAGUCGGUCACAUCCACAUAACAUCCCUGUCAGGAUUUCUUUGCAUGCAGUUUAUAAACUAUUGAUUCGUUCAGAGAUGCCGUGCAGAUUAAAGACGAGUCAAGAACUCAAUACUCAUUUAAUACAAUACAAAUAAAAACCUAGAAUUCUGUUUUUCCUUUUCAUUUCUGCAGGCUAUGUACAGUGGAUGCAAAAUACCGGUUUGGCAGGUUUGAUUAUUCAGACGAUGCUGCAACAUGCUUGACUUUCUCUUUUUGUUUCAUGGCAGAGGUUGAGCAGAGAGAUGGACUGUGUGACUUAAAGCAAUGUGUACAAACUGUUUUAUAUAACUACUGUAAGACAUUUGAAGAAAUCUAAGAGGUUAAUAAACCUGAGAUAUAUUUCUCUACAACAAA